AUGCGCUCAAGAAUACUCAUUACUACGGUGCUGGCCGCCCUGAGCAACGCCCACGAAGAUCACCAGAGUGAAGGCGGGCAGUACACACUGACCGACGACCUGACUUACAAAAAGUUCUUCUCCGCCUUUGACUUUUUCGACGGCCCAGAUCUAACCAAGGGUUUCGUCAAGUACCAGAACCAGGAGAAUGCGAUCAAGCAAGGUCUAGUUGGCUACCUCGAGGACACACAGUCCGUGUUCAUGGGCGUUGAUUACACGACCAAGGACACUGCUGGCCGUGCUUCCGUUCGCCUUGAGAGCAAAAAAAGCUGGAACCAUGGCCUGCUCGUAGCGGACAUCCGCCAUAUGCCCGCCUCUCAAUGUGGGUCUUGGCCGGCCUUGUGGCUUUUGUCGUCCUCGGCAGACUGGCCCCAGGGUGGGGAAGUGGACAUCCUCGAGGGCGUGAACGACUACGAAAGUAACUCUGUUACCUUACAUACAACCACGGGUUGCAUGGUUGAUAACUCGACAUCAGUGAGAGGAGGAUCUGGUGUAGCCGGCGAUAUCGAAGCGGCACCAUUCACUGGUCUUAUGUCUACAGACGAUUGCGAUGUUGCUGCGCCAGGUCAGCUCAAAAACGUCGGAUGCUCUAUUCAUGCUCCCGAAAUCAUGUCUGGUAUCCAAACUGGUGGUGGCGGUAACACUGACACUGGUGGUGCUGUGCCUCUUCCCUCGUACGGAACGGAAUUUAACAAAGCCCAAGGUGGUGUCUACGCUAUGGAAUGGAGCACGAUUGGAAUCUCGGUUUGGUUCUUUCCUCGUGAAUCUCACGGCUUCACUGAAAAUUUCUCUUCAAACACAACCCUUCCCGACCCAUCUCGCUGGGGCACACCUAUAGCCUACUUCAGCGGUUCUGGUUGCGACUUCUCUGAGCGCUUUCGAGAUCUUAAAAUCAUUUUUAAUAUCGCUUUCUGCGGUGAAUGGGCAGGCGCUGAGUGGGACAAGUCUUGUGCCAAAAAGACUGGGAUUGCAACCUGUAAUUAG